GCAUGGUUUGCUGGUUUCAGCUGCUUCGAUGUAGUUCCAGUUUUUUAUAUAGGUUAUGUACUGUACUAACGCUUGUUGGUUACAUUUUCAUUUUCUUACAAGUGUCAGUCUGUGUUAUUUUUACUAUUUCAUUAGAAUUGGUUGGGUCCUGGAAAGUCUAAUUCACUUUUUCCUUCAGGGUAUCAGCUACUACUUUGAGGCAACCCUGCUGUGUUUAAAUGGUUAAAAGGCACCCAGGAGAAGGCACUUGCACUGUUGGUGUAGACGUCAGCCCUGAAGUGAGAGCUCAUUUUUGGCAGAAAACUGCAUGCUUCUCAAGUUUAGUAAGUAUUUCCUAUAUGAUCUGACUUUUCUCCCAUGAUACCAUCUAUGAUUUUUAUAUUCACUUUCAUUUGUUCUUGACUAUUUCUGUAGUCCAUGCUAUAUUUUUUCAGUUUCUGCAAGUUUGGUGCUUUUGAUUUCUCUUUUGAUGCUUAUUUGUUGCAUUCUUUUCUUAGACUUUUGCAAAGAUGAUCUGGGUCAUCUGAUGCAAAAAUUUUAAAACAUGAGAAUGAAUUCUAUGAUGAAUUCAUUUUGAAAUGAAAGUUCUGUUUCAUUUCCGUACCAAACAUACUUUCCUGUCACAUCCUUUACAGAGCUUAUGCCUCUAGAGCUUCAUACCUUCCUCAAUGGCCUUCUCAAAAAUGAAUUUGAUUUAUAGAGCAAUUGGCUUUUCUAUCUUUUAAUUCUAUUGAUAAUGUUGGGAGGAUUUUUUUUUUUUUGGGCUAAAUAUAUAUGUUGCCGGGAAGUAAUAAAAAAUACCUAAAAAAGCAUUAAAUGACUUGAAUCGUCAAGUGACCCAGUCUUUUUGGUGCUGUUUAACAAGGAAGCAGAUUUUGCUCGGUAUCAUUUGGUCAAUUUUAUCUGCACUCAUGUUGUGUGGUAGAUGGGAUUAGAGCUUUCAAUAGUUGUUAGCGUGGAAUAUGGAAGAAUAAGCUCCUGAGUGUUUUGGGUUGAGAAUAUGGAAGAAUGAACUCCAGAAUAGGGUGCAGCUCUAGAGUUUCUGAUGAACAGAAAGGAUUGUAGUGAAAAAUGGUUUUUGUAGGAUUGAACUUUUCUGGUUUGGAUGAUUAUCUGUAAAAAGGUGGGAGAUGAUGGGACUUCUACAUAUUCUAUGAAAUGGAGCACGUGCAAGUUCUGAUUGUCUUUGGAGGAUACCAAUCAAAUUGAAAAGGAAGUCAAACAACACAACUUUUUUUGUAAAAAAUUGCCAAGUUCUUC